AUGUCUCUCCUGUCGACUUUGGCUGGCACGGUGAUAUUCGCAAAAGGCUUCUCAUCUAGAUAUACCGACUUUAUCGUCAACGAGGUGCGAAAGGACGGCACCGUUCUCCAUCUUUCCGACUAUAAUCUCGCUGAAGAGCCGCAGAGCCUUAACACUCCAUCUACCACAAAUACAAAUGGUGUGAGUGGCUCGGCUGCAGAUCAGUCGCACGAGCCAGAAGUUCCUGCUAUUGCUCAGGAGGAUCUGGUACUCUUGGAAAAGCUUGUCGGUGCGUCCACUAGCAGUGAACUCACUACCCUCUACAAUCAACCUGUCAAGAAGGAGCCCGCCAGUAACAAUGCGGCAACUAAAAUCGUAUUCCCUCCAAUUGUUGAUAAGGCAGAACGCGGCCUGGUCCAUAGGGAGAUCCGACGUAUUUUUAGUGGACAGAUAGAAACACAGACUGAUGAUAAUGGCGUUAUCACUGCCACUUCAGCACCUAAAGCAAAUCGCCGCUCACGAGGUGGUGGUCGCCAGGGUGGCGGUCGAAAUCCACGAGGCGGUCGGGGUGCAAAUCGUGAUUUUUCCCAGCUUGGAGGCGAAUACCUGCAUUUCACCCUAUACAAGGAAAACAAAGACACAAUGGAGGUGAUCAACAAUAUUGCCCGAAUGCUCAGGAUCAAAUCUACGAAUUUCAACUUCGCUGGAACCAAAGAUCGAAGGGCUGCAACGACUCAACGAGUGUGUGUCCUUCGAGGACGUAAGGAGUCGCUGGACUGGCUCAACGGCCGCAUGCAGGGGUACAAACUUGGAGAUUACAAGUAUCAGCCGCAUCCUAUCAGCCUUGGUGACCAUGGUGGCAACGAGUUUGUCAUAGUCGUCAAGGAUUGCGUCCUUCGGCGAGCUGGAGGUUGCUCUAUUGAGCGCAGAGUACAGAUGUUGCAGCAAGCCGUAUCCCUCGGUCUAGCAAACAUCAAGGAUAAUGGAUUUCUCAACUACUUUGGCCUUCAACGCUUCGGAACGCAUACAAUCGGCACUCAGGAGGUGGGCACGAUGAUUCUGACCGAGGACUUUGAGAGAGCCGUUGAUGCUCUCCUUUAUGUAGACCCUGAUGUGGCUUCUCACGCGUUUUCUGAGAAUGAAGAUGAAGCUGGCUUUACACACGAUGAACUCGCUCGCGCUAGGGCAAUUUCGGUCUGGAAGUCGAGUGGAAACUCUAUUGCCGCCUUGAAACACAUGCCACGCCGUUUCAGUGCCGAAUCUACAAUAAUUCAUCACCUCGGCAAGAACCCAGGUGGUCGUCGAGACUUUUGCGGGGCGAUUCUUUCGAUUACUCGAGGGAUGCGUAUGUUGUAUAUUCAUGCCUACCAGUCUUGCAUUUGGAACUUUGCUGCCAGCAGACGCUGGGAACGGUAUGGUAGUAGAGUUGUCAAGGGGGACCUAGUGUUCGUUGACCCCAACCACUCUGGUGACCUGGCGGAGGACGAUAAUGAAGCUUCGACUAUCGACUCAGCGGAGCCAUCGCGCGACCGAGCUCGUGCACUGACUGUGGAAGAAGCAGAAAGCGGAAAAUACUCUAUCUUUGACAUUCUUUUACCGCUACCCGGAUACGAUGUCAUGUAUCCUGACAACGACAUUGGUGCUUACUAUGUUGAGCUCAUGGGAUUACCUGAGCACGGGUGCCUGGAUCCCUACAACAUGCGCCGACGACAGCGGGAGUUCAGCUUGAGCGGAGGUUAUCGAAAGCUCAUGGCUCGUUUCGUUGGAGAAGCAUCUGGCACAGCUCGCGCCUACCGAGACGAUAACGAGCAGAUGCACCCCACAGACUUGGAUGUGAUCGAAGAGCGAAAAGGCGCGGAGAAGAAAAGCGGAAACAACAGCCCUCAACAGCCGACCUUUGACGAUGCGGCCACCGAUAGUCGUCGCCGUCAGCGAGAGAACGAUACAAACUCACCAUCCGACUUACGGACUAGCGAUACAUGGGUGGAAAGCACAUCCCAAGGAACGAGCAAGCGUCUUAAGGUGGCACAAGAUUUUCCGAGUGAUGGUCAUAUGGCGGAUGCGAACAAUCAUCUAAACAAUCCCCCGGUCACUGGUGAUCUCCUGAGCCAAGCCAGGCCUGUGGACAAUUCGGCGUCCAAUCUCGGCGCUGCAUCAAUAAAGCCUAUUCGCCAGCCCACAGUACCCCUAGAAGAUGCAGUACCCGGGUUUACUUGGCCUAGCACAGUACCCAAGACAAUGGAGGAGCAUAACGCUGGAUGGGGAGUCAUUAGUGUCGAUUCUCAAUUUCUGCGAGAUCUAGAGCGGUCUACCAAGCAACGUGCCUCAGACACGUUUGGUCAAUCACACUUCAGCCAACCCCAGGAUGCCUAUCCACAACUUGGGCACACGCCAUUCCAAGCGUCGCCGUUGAAUCAAGCGUCACUCGACCAGUCCGGCCCUCAUCCUGAAGUUCUACCGCAAGGUCAAGGUGAAAAGGACACCCGCCCUGAGCUUACCCAGGCGCCGAGUUCGUACCUGGAGCAAGCUCCAGCUAAGCAGACGCCAUCCAACAAGCAACCGGAAGCUCUAGCAAUGAUGGCCGACAAACCAGACUUCCAACGUGCCCCUCCGAAACGCAGCCGCGUCAGCGCGCCUCCUGGGGUUAAUGAGCUGAAGGAGGACAUGAAGCUUGCAGUCGUCCUCAAGUUUCAACUCAGAUCCAGCAACUAUGCCACGAUAUUCCUCCGCGAGCUAAUGGGGACUAUGGAUCCCGAUUUUAGUAUCGAGUUCCCGGCUUCGCCGGUCUAA